AUGAAUAAGAAAGUUACAGCUGAGUCCUUAGCUGAUAGAUACUUGGAGGAGUUUAGAAGCAAUCCAACUUGGAAGAUUAGACAAAUACAGGAGAGAGCUUUGACUGAUUUGGGAAUUAAAGUGAGCUACUUUAAAGCUUGGUUGGCUAGGUGUAGGGCAAAGCUAAUUAUUUUUUGCUCUUCAGCUGAGCAGUAUGCAAAGGUAUGGGACUAUGCUAAGGCAUUAGUGGUGCACAACCCUGGGACUGGUUGUGUCGUUGUUGUAGAUGGGAUAGAGCAGCCUGAACCCCCUCUUUUUUUGAGAAUGUUUGUGUGUCUUGCACCAUUAAGGGAUGGUUUUGUUAGUGGAUGCAGACCAAUUAUUGGAGUAGAUGGCUGCCAUCUUAAGGGUGCUUACCCUGGCCAAAUUUUAGUUGUUGUAGCUAAGGAUGGUAAUAACCACAUAUUUCCACUAGCAUGGGCAACUGUGGAAAUUGAGAACAAGGACACAUGGUCAUGGUUCCUUGAGGCAUUAGUAGACAGCAUUGGAGGUAAAGAUGAAGGUGAAGGGUUGACUUUUAUGUCUGAUAGGCCGAAAGGCCUGCUAGAAGCAUUUGAGAAUGUUGUACCUAAGGCUGAGACUAGGUACUGUGUUAGACACAUCUGGUCUAACUUCAAACAACAAUUCCAAGGAUCUCUAUUCAAAGAGCUAUUUUGGAAUGUAGCUAGGGCUUACACUCACUAUUAUAAUGCAUAUGGUCAGACUGAUUUUGAAGUGGCUAUGGAGUCUAUAAACUUUUUAUCUGAAGAAGCCUAUGAUUACCUAGCAAAUAUCCCCCCUCAACAUUGGUCCAGACAUGCAUUCUCCCCAACAUGUAAGUCAAACAUGUUGUUAAACAAUUUGUGUGAGACUUUUAACGCUGUUAUAAGGGAUGCUAGGGAUAAGCCAAUCUUAACACAAAUGGAAUGGCUUAGAAGAUGCAUGAUGAAGAGGACCAAUGAUAAAUGGAUGGCAGCCUCUGAAUGGGAAGGGUUGUGUGUUCCUUAUGUGAAAAAGGUGUUUGAUGGGUUGGAAAAGUAUGCAAGGACAUGCACUGUCCAGUCAGGUUGGGGUGAGCUUUAUGAAGUGGAGUAUAAGGAUGAUACAUGUGUUGUUAACCUUGAAGCAAGGACAUGUACUUGUUACAGAUGGGAUUUAACAGGAUUGCCCUGUGUCCAUGCUUUUGCUGCUUUGCUGGACAAAAGGGUUGAUCCAGAGCUUUAUGUCCACCCAUACUACCACAUAAAGACUUACCUGGCUGCCUAUGAGACUCCCAUUCAGCCCAUGCCUGGAGCCAAGCAUUGGGAUAAGGUGCAUAUGAGAGAGCCUAUGCCUCCAGCUUUUAAGGUCCAACCUGGGAGAUCAAAAGCUAAAAAGAGGAAGCUUGAACAAGGGGAGGGGAGUUCUGCACCUAAUUCAGAGAACAAGAAAGUAAAGAGAAGGAAUCAAUGCAAGAAUUGUGGGGGUUUUGGCCAUUAUGCCAAAACUUGUUCUCUAGAUCCUGCCCCUACACCAGUUCAAGUUCAGAACACAGCACCAUCAGGAGGUAGGCCAGCAUUGGACAACCCUUGGAUGAAGGAACAGAGGAGGAAGAGUGAAUUGAGAGCUAUGAAAAAGAGUGCAGCAUUAGGAGCUACUGCAGGACCCAAUAGCAUUGGAAACAAGAAGUUUCCUCAAGAAUUGGCAAAAGAAAAAGCAGCUGAGGCAUCUUCUGCUUGUAAUGCAUCUCAGCCAACUGAGCAAGUGCAACCUUCUGCAAUGGAAGCAUCGGCAAGCCAGCCCAUGACUAGGAGCAGAACAAAGCUUACUGAAGCUUCCCACACCUCAGCCUCUCAGCCUCUUCCCAGACAGCAGAAUACCAGGCACAAGUUAUCAGUAUCAAAGGGUUUACAUCAGCAUCAGUUCAUGCACAAGGAUGAUAUGUGGGAACUUGGCCAUGAUAUGUAA